AUGGACACGAGUCUAUUCUCCCCUAGUUUGAUAAAAGGCUUGACUGACAAGACUUAUGAUAGAAGAAAAGCUGCUGCAUUAGAUAUCGAAAGGCAAGUACUUGUACGUGAACACGAAAAGUCUGAAGAAACGAUCACUCAGAUAGUGGAUGCCCUUGUUCAAGAGUUUGUUUAUUCCAAUAAUCCCUAUGCUCGCUAUGGUGGUCUAAUAGGCUUAGCUGCCACUUCAAUAGCUUUAGGACAAGGCGUUUCAAAAUAUUUGGAUAUCAUCGUUCCACCUAUAUUGACAUGUUUCAGUAAUCAAGAUCAAAAAGUAAGAUAUUAUGCCUGUGAGAGCAUGUACAAUAUUGCAAAGGUUGCAAAGGGUGAAGUGUUGAGGUACUUUAACAGCAUAUUUGACGCUUUGUGCAAGUUAUCAGCAGAUUCAGAAAUAAGCGUCAAGAAUGGAGCAGAACUCUUGGAUCGCUUGAUAAAGGAUAUCGUAUCAGAAUUAGCCACAACCUAUGAAUCACCUUAUAGCGAGCCUUACAACCCUCCAGAAUCUGGCCAGGAACUAUUUACACCAUCCUCUUUACCUCGAAACACAGCAUUUUCUUUACCCCGGUUUAUACCAUUAUUAAGUCAACGUAUCUAUGUGCGAAAUUCUGCCUCAAGACAGUUCCUAGUGUCCUGGAUGUCAGUAUUAGAUUCAAUUCCAGACUUGGAGCUUGUGUCAUUUUUACCCGAGUUCUUGGAUGGUCUAAUACGCUGUUUGAACGAUGCUAGCGAAGAUGUACGAGUAGCCACAGGCGGAUUGCUGCAGGACUUUUUAGGAGAGAUCAAGGAAGCCGCUUCAGCCCGUCAACUCAGACAGCACAAUGAAUUUCAAAAGUAUCUCAAAGAUCAAAAACGAAAAGCCAAGCAAACAAACACUUCAUCUGCACCGUCAGCGGUGGCAACCAAAUCAGUCAAUUCGGCAGAGACAGCAGAAGACACUGCAGAGAGCACAUAUGUAGGAGAACACGAAGAGGAAACAACCAUUUGUGGUUCAACCGUAGAGGUAGAAGAAGAAGAAAUUGAUUCGGAAAAUGAUGGACAUGGCAAAGGGACGUAUGUGCCUGGUCAAGGAGUAAUUGUACAAUAUGCCAAGAUUGUCAAGAUCUUGGUCAGCCAUUUGUCUUCAACAGAGGAAGAGAUUCAAAAAACGGCGCUUUUGUGGAUAAAUGCCUUUAUAGAUAUUGCCAAAGACGUCAUCAUUCAGUUUACUCCCGAGAUCAUCAAGGAGGUUUUACCAUGCUUGGCUCAUUCAGUUACCGCUAUACGUUUAAUUGCAUUAGAAACAAAUCAAAAAUUGCAAAAGCUUGUCUUGGAAACUUCGAUUGUACCAGCUCUUCCCGAACCCACAUCAAGUGUCAGUGACCCAUCAGGAAGUCCACAACAGUUGCGACUAACCCAAAAAAUGACAAGCAGCAACGACGUAAGCGAUCCAUUCGAUUACCAGACAACUGUAGCCAACUUACGGCUACAGUUCUUGAACCCCCAUGAGGAAACAAGAGUUGCCAGCUUAGAUUGGUUACUGAUGCUUCAUAAAAAAGCACCCAACAAGACGUUAAUGUCUGAUGAUGGUACAUUUCCGGCUUUGCUUAAAACGUUAUCAGAUUCUUCAGAAGAAGUGGUUCGCAGAGAUUUACAGCUACUAGCACAAAUAUCAUUCUAUUCAGAUCAAGACUAUUUCCGCAGCUUCAUGGUCAGUUUAUUGUCUCUGUUCAGUACUGACAGAAGGCUUUUAGAAACAAGAGGGAGUCUCAUUAUACGACAGCUAUGUAUGAGCUUGGAUCCUGAACGUAUUUAUUGUACGAUGGCGGAUAUCCUGGAAGCGGAUGAUGACCUUGAAUUUGCCAGCAUUAUGAUACAAAACUUGAAUAUUAUACUGAUUACGGCUACUGAACUAUCUGAUCUUCGUAAGAAGCUUCGGAAUCUGGAUAACAAAGAAAACCAGAGGCUAUUCAAUACCCUCUAUCGAUCAUGGUGCCACAAUGCCAUAUCUGCAUUCUCGCUCUGUUUGCUAGCUCAAGCAUAUGAACAUGCAUCCAACAUGCUUCAAACUUUUGCUGAACUCGAAAUUACUGUCAACUUGCUUAUCCAAGUAGACAAAUUGGUUCAACUUUUAGAAUCACCUGUUUUUACAUAUCUUCGUCUUCAAUUACUAGAACCUGAAAAAUACCCCUAUUUAUUCAAAUGCCUGUAUGGUAUCCUAAUGCUGCUACCUCAAUCUUCUGCAUUUUCUACCUUACGAAACAGGCUCAGCAGCGUUUCAUCGUUAGGUUUUCUUCACGUCUUGCCAAAAAGUCCUGUAGCAGCAUCUGCCGUUAACAAUACUGCCACAUCCACUACCUCUACAGAAAAACGACAAGCAUCAAAGGCCAAAGUGGACGAAACAAAUGGUAUCAAGUACCAAGAACUUUUGCAGCACUUUAAAUCAGUUCAAGCUAGGCAUGAAAAGCAAAGAAGACAAUGUAACAUCCAAUAG